AUGUUGAAAGGCCCACUUAAUUACAGUUAUGGGGAUUUGAAGUCGGCAACAAAUAAUUUCAGCCUUGAAAAUAAACUUGGAGAAGGAGGAUUUGGUGCUGUAUAUAAGGGUACUUUGAAGAAUGGGAAAACUGUUGCAGUCAAGAAAUUAACUUUACGACAAUCCAAGCGGGUGGAGGAAGAAUUUGAGAGUGAAGUAAAGCUUAUAAGUAAUGUUAAUCAUCGGAAUCUUGUUCGGCUUCUCGGGUGCUGUAGUAGAGGCAAUAAGAGAAUUCUUGUCUAUGAAUACAUGGAAAGGACCAGCCUUGACAGAUUCUUAUUUGGAACAGCAAGAGGUUUGGCAUAUCUACAUGAGGAAUUUCAUGUUCAUAUUAUACAUAGAGAUAUAAAGACUAGCAAUAUCCUCUUAGAUGAUGAUUUACAACCUAAAAUUGCUGAUUUUGGCUUGGCAAGACUUUUACCUGAGGAUAGAUCUCAUCUUAACACAAGGUUUGCAGGAACAUUGGGAUACACUGCACCAGAGUAUGCAAUUCAUGGUCAAUUAUCAGCAAAGGUUGAUACCUAUAGCUAUGGUAUCGUAGUCCUAGAAAUCAUUGUGGUCAAAGAAGCUUGGAAUUUAUACAAGAGAGGCAUCCACUUAGAGUUGGUGGAUGAUACCUUAGACCCUAAUGAGUAUGACGCAGACGAAAUGAAGAAAAUAAUAGAAAUUGGUUUGCUUUGCACCCAAGCAUCUGCAGAAAUAAGACCGACAAUGUUUGAAGUAGUUCAUUUGCUCCAACAGAAAGGUUUAUCAGAGGAUAUGAGACCCACUAUGCCUAUUUUGAUUGAAAUUAAUUAA